AUGAAGAAGGGGGGGCUGCUGCGGUGCGUGUCGACGGGGGCGUGCAGGGUGGCGCCGGGGGCCGUGGCGGAGAUGGCGAUCUCGCCGUCGGCGGCGUCGGGGAAGGUGCCGGCGGGGCACGUGCCGGUGGAGGUGGGCGCGGAGGGGGAGGAGACGGAGCGCUUCCUCGUGCCGGCCGAGCUGCUGGGCCGCCCGCCCAUCGCCGAGCUGCUCCGCCGGGCCGCGCAGGAGUACGGCUACGCGCGCCGUGGCCCGCUCCGCAUCCCCUGCCCCGUCGCCGCCUUCCGCCGCCUCCUCGGCGCGCUCGCCGGCGGGGACAGGGGCCACACGCCCGUCUACUACGCCGUAGUCGUCUGA